UGCGCCAUCUGCCACUUGCCGCGGUCGGUGGCCCAUCACACGGGUGCGAUCGCUUGAGCUGGCGUCCGAUGUGGUGUGGUUUUUCGACCCGAACCUUUAGUUUGUAUAUAAUUCAAAUGUUCAGAUAAACGUUUCAAGAACUUUUAUUUGCUGCAACUCGUCGCAUUUACAAUGGAACCGCAGGCGAUCUCACCAGUGGACAUUUUAUCUUCGAUGACUGUCUAGAUCAUCGUUCUGUCUUCCAAGAAAUGUGUGUAUAAAACUACACACCAACUCUCCGUUAAUGCACAAAGCCCUCAAGAAGCGUCUUGUUCCUCGUAAGAUCCCGCGAGUCCGCAGUAUGGCGUUCGGAGUGAUUUCCCAAGUGACAGACUUUCUGUUUCUAAGUGGCGUAAGGCCGCUUACCUUACCAGCUGUACGGAGUCUAGGCAUCACGACGAUCAUAAAUUGCACCAUGGACCUUCCAGACCUACCUAUCGGCGCUGAAGUUGAGUUUGUGCGGGUACGAGUCGACGACUCGCCGAUUUUCGACUUGUCGGUAUACUUCGAUCCAGUCGCCGAUCGUAUUCAAGAAGUCUAUUUACGCGGAGGGAAGGUACUUGUUCAUUGCAUGGCAGGAGCAAGUCGGUCACCCGCCUUGGUCAUGGCCUAUUUGAUGAAGUACCAUCGCAUGCGAUUACGCGACGCGUUUCGGUAUGUGAAGCAGCGCCGACCUGUGGUGCAUCCGAACUAUGGUUUCUUCAAGCAGCUCAUCGACUAUGAGAACCAGCUCUUCGGAUCUGCAUCGGUGGAGAUGGUGCCAGUGCCCAGCCUUGGACCGGGUUAUGGUCUUGUACCAGACAUCUACCUCGAAGAAUGCAAGGGCCUUCUUUGGCUGCACAGUCUCAAAGCUAUGGGGCGUUGAUUAGGGAGCAGAACUGACUUAUUACAGUUCAGCACAUCUUCCACUAGUCUAGUCAAACAAAUUAUGCGGAGGUUGUUGCUGCUCCAAAGUUUAAAUAACCAUAAACAUGCAACUAUUUAUGUCAUCUCUUUAUCUGAUAGUUCUAUGCAUUGUUCUAUGAGAUGAAUAAAAAUUAGCAUAUUUUUAAGAUUGA